GCCCGCACGGCCCCGGCGCCCGCACGGCCCCGGCUCCCGAGCGCGGCGAUGGCUGCGGGCGUCCCCUGUGCACUGGUCACCAGCUGCUCCUCUGCCUUCACCGGCGACCGUCUGGUCCAGCAUAUCCUUGGAACAGAAGAUGUUAUUGUGGAACCAGCUUCCAGUGAUGCUGUGAGAUAUUACCCAUGGACCAUCGAUAAUAAAUACUACUCUGCGGAUAUCAAUCUGUGUGUCGUGCCAAACAAAUUCCUCAUCACUGCAGAGAUUGCAAAAUCUGUCCAGGCCUUUGUGAUUUACUUUGACAGCACACAAAAAUCGGGUCUUGACAGUGUCUCCUCAUGGCUUCCACUGACAGAAACGUGGUUACCUGAGGUGAUGAUUUUGGUCUGUGACAGAGUGUGUGAAGAUGGAGUAAAUCGACAAAAAGCUCAAGAAUGGUGCAUAAAACAUGGCUUUGAAUUGGUUGAACUUAGUCCUGAGGAAUUGCCUGAAGAAGAUGAUGAUUUUCCUGAGUCUACAGGAGUAAAGCGAAUUGUGCAAGCCUUGAAUGCCAAUGUCUGGUCCAAUGUAGUGAUGAAAAAUGAUAGGAACCAGGGCUUUAGCCUUCUCAACUCAUUGGCUGGAACAAACCAUAGCAUUGGGUCAGUGGAGACCUGUCGCUCAGAGCAGCCUCAUUUGCCAGCAUCAGAGAGCACAGACUCUGUCCUGGGGCAGCGGGGUGCAAGUAGCACAGCAGAAGCCCAGGUGGACAGCAUUGUGGAUCCCAUGUUAGAUCUGGAUAUUCAAGAAUUAGCCAGUCUUACCACUGGAGGGGGAGAUUUGGAGAAUUUUGAGAGACUAUUUUCAAAGUUAAAGGAAAUGAAAGACAAAGCUGCGACGCUUCCUCAUGAGCAAAGAAAGUUGCAUGCAGAAAAGGUGGCCAAAGCAUUCUGGAUGGCAAUCGGGGGAGACAGAGAUGAAAUUGAGGGCCUUUCUUCUGAUGAAGAGCACUAAGUUAUCUCUGCUAGGUUUGACUAACAGAUGCUCAGCAUUCUUCACCUGGGACUCUGCCCUACUCAAGCCAGUCAUAAUUGGCCAAGAUUCUACUCACAUGUUGGCCGCCUGCCUAGUUUUUAGGGGCCCCUUGAUUUUAGCCUUGAAUAGGGAAUUAAAAAUCUUUUCUGUUUCAGCGGAAGGGAAUGAGAAGUAUACGCGAUGAGAAUAACUGAGAAUAACGUGAAAGUUUCUCAAAUGCUGUUUUUGUUUUAGGAAUGGGAGUAGAAUGAAUCUCGGAGGUCUGCGAGUUCAUUCCAGUCAUUCCUGCCAGCUUUUUUUUAGCAUUCCCACAUUCGCAUUUAAUUGCGAACAACUGUGGGCAGUUUUUCCUUGGUGGGAGAUUUGGUUCCCAUGCACGGAGAUUGCACCUUGAGCUGUGACGCUUUGGGGGGAAUAAAGGAGGUGUGAGGCAGCCAAACUCAGUGGCCCACAGAUUUGUCUCCAACCAAAACAAUGCUUUGGGCAUUUCUUUUGAAGUGUCUGAGCUCAGGCUACAAAGAAUUGAAAAACCACUGUGUAUUUUUAGCCUGUAAAGUGAGGCAAAGGUUUCCUGCUGUGGUGGGGAUAAAACAAACCCUCUACUGAGUUGCUGCAAGGGCGGAGGGCUGGGAGUGAGAGAGAGAAGACCCAGGGGGUAUCCUUGGGGAAACACUGAGCACUCAUUACUGAGCUUGUGGUGAAAUUAUGGUGAAGACCUUGCCUGCCUGAGCCUUCUCCUUGACCAUUUGAGAUGUCAGAGCUGUGCCGUCACACUUGAAGUCCUGAGCACUAGGCAAGUGUCCCCUCUUCCUGUCUGAAAGCCAAACAGAGAUGAUUGCCAAAAUAGCGGCACAGAGCGGUGGGAGGGGGCGUGUCACGCUAGGCAGCACAAUCUUGAGCACCUCAUUUUACUCCCAGGGCUGCUGGCUGCUCUCUGCCUUUCAGCGCUGCCCCCGAGGGAGUCCCCUUGGUUCUUUACCCUGUGUCCUGUUUGGGUCAGCCCCAGAGAAACUCAUCUCAAAAAGGAAAAACGUUAAAGACCAGUAGAAAGUGCCACAAAUAAAAUCCUUGUUUCCAUCUCAGGUGACACUUGUAAUGCAAGUCGUUACCUCCUUUGUGGUAGUUACUGCUUUGGCUCUAACCAGGCCCGGCUUCAUAAAUGGAUGGUGCUGGCACACAGGCUGAGAACUGGUUCUGGCCUUGUGUAGGCUCUGAACCCAUUCUCUUAGCAGGGAGAGACCCAGGGUAGAUAGACCACGAGCAGAAGUAAGCUCCACACCUGCUCUGGGCACCCCAUGACAAUCACUGUGGCGGCACCUGAGACAGGUGUGUGGGAGUGGGGCUUCCAGAGCCAUAUGGAGGUGGCCAUUCAGUGGCUAAGCAUGCCUGGUAGCAAUGGGAUGGCCUUUGCCCCUCCCCACCAAGGUCUGGUCAGGUUCUCCAUUGUUCUGUCAGUUGAUUGAUAUCUCAGAGAUGACUGUGUUUCUCUAAGUUGAUAAAUUUUGGCUCUGGGUUAACCAGAAAGGUGGAACAUGCUUUCCUUAAAACACGGAAGACUUUAGAGAAUGUAUUAGGUCACAUGGUUGGGAGAAACAGCCUAAAAAAAAAAAUAGCUGUGAACUUGAUUUGGUAGAUUUGCCAAAUUAAAAUGUGACUUAAUUUGUAAA